GGAAACCGUAGUUCACAGUCUUGGUAUAGUGUGGUGUUUGGGAGCAGCCAUCUCUAUACUGUGGGAAUGCCGAACUGUGGACAAGUUUUUGCCUAACUAUUGUCGCUCACUGAUGGUUUUGUCACUUGGUACUUGGUUCUUCCACGUGCCAUUUUAUCUUUAUGAUUCAAGAGGAUUCCCUGGCGCUGAUCCAAAUCCAGCGUGGGACAGACACAACCAUAGCAAUGCACAGUUUAUUGCCACUAUGUUUGGAUUCCAUAUUUUACUGAACAUAACAAUCAGCUUACUUUUGUUUGCUGUGAUGCGAUUGGUUUAUUUGCGAAUUGUGGGCGGUACUAAAGGUCACGUGAUGUUUCACCGUAUACCAAAUGAUGUUUCCGAACUUGAAGAAGAAUCGUGUCUCUUAGAAGAGGAAAUGUGACAGAAUCGCUUAACAUAUUACAAAGUCCGUUUAAUAUUUACUAACACUAAAAUUCAAACAAGUUAAAGCAUAGAAAAGUUCCAUCUAGUGCACAACGAUAUUAUAAAAUGAUCAUCUUAUAAAUUUUUGGUUUGGUUGCAAUGUCUGUUUUGAAA